UCCCAGCUCGCUCCCAUACCGAACAUAUGACUUAGACGGCUCGCUCGCCCCGCCCUCUCCUCUCAGUUGACAGCUGCCACUGUGCCGUGCACGCCUUUUCCGGUUGCGGGCGGAGCCCGGGAGAGUCGCUGGAGACAUCGCCAUUGUAGGCGGGCACCGCUGGGUGACGGGACCGGGAAGGAGCCGCAGGCCGCCGCCUCAUUGGAUAGCUCGCUCGGGGACCGGCUCCGGGGCAGCGUGACCAUGGCCGUGGAUGGCAGCAAGUUCAACCAUCUGUCCCUCACUCAGCUCAAUGAGCUGCUGGAGGAUGACGCCAAGCUGGGGCAGAUGGCCCAGGAGAUGGACGAGGCUCAGAGUCUUCAGCUCAGUAAAGAGAUGACCCUUGCUGGUAACCGGAGCUUGGCAGAAGCAAACCUGCUUUACCAGCCUAAGCUGGACAGCCUAAAAGCCACUCUGACCCAGAAAUACCAGGAGCUGCAGACUGUCAUGGAAUCCAAUCAGCUAAAGAAGACAAAGCUGGAUCAGCAAUCUGUGAAUGCUUCAUUGGAAACAUUACUGGCACUCCUGCAGACUGAAGGAGCCAAGAUAGAGGAGGAGACGGAGAACAUGGCGGAAAGUUUUCUUGAUGGCGGCGUACAGCAGGAUUCUUUCAUCGAUGAAUAUUUAUCAAAGCGCAAAUUGGCACAUUUAAGACGUGUAAAAAUUGAGAAACUGCAAGAAAUGGUGCUAAAAGGACAGAGACUCCCGCAGGUUUCUGUACUUGCACAGCCGAAGCCCUUGGAGAAUGUCCAGGCACCUCCAGCAUCCUACCCAUCAGGUUUCAAUACCCCGCCAGCUGUUGUCCCAAGAAGAGCUGUCCCACCUCCCCCAUCUGCUCAAGCUGGAAUGUACCCAACUCCUUUUGCAAUGGCUGCACAACAGCCUGUCCCUGGGCUCCCGUAUGCAGCAUCUCCAACUCCCCCUGUCCCUCCAAGAGUUGGCUAUCCACCUAUAGCUCAGAUGCCACAGCCUGGUUACCCUAAUCUAUUUGCACCUCAGUAUCCUCCGGCUCUUCCUCAAAGACCAACUCAGCGUCUCCCUCCCAACGCUGGCUUCAUUUUAUAGUAAUCCAGUGUCAUUGCGCCUCAUUCAAACAUUGGUGCUCCCAGUCUCGUCAGUUCAUGUAUGAAACGUGCACAAAUUGGACCAUGCAGCAAUCCGCAGGACUAUGGUUUCUUUUCAAAGACUAGGCGCUCAUGCUUUUCCCCAUUCAAAAGACAGACUUUCUCACUUUUGAAUGAAUGCUUUGUGGGGUUUGGUUUCAAAGUCUGAUUUCAUAGGUUUAGGUUGUGAAGCAGAUGUACAAAUGGAGUGACACAAUUGCUGCACCACUGUGUUGCUUUAUAUUUUUUUGGUAUCAAUGCUGAAGUUAUACAUGUGAAUGCUGCAUUGGAAUGAAUAGUUCUGUUGUGCUGCAGCCAUUGGUAAUGUUAAUCAGCUGGCAGUGCAUGAGAUUAGAUGGCAACAAAAAAAUGCACUGGUCCAUUGCCAAACUCCUCAGGUUUCCAGCGACCUCCUGUCACGAGGUUCAAGCAGAGUGCUGAACAAUGAGGAUUGCACUGCAUAUCUUAUACCUGUGAUUCUCAGUGUCUUGUACCGUAAUCACCCUAACGUUAGGACAUUAACAGGAUUAUUCAGGGAUUAGAAUGUUACUAAAAUCUGUUAUGUGCAGACUAAAUGCAAAUUGAGUGGAUGCAAUUUUUUUUUUUUUCUGUGACGGCAAUGCAUUUUUAUAAACUUUAUGCACGUGGCUUUGAUGUGCCUUAGACUAACUGCUUACUCUUGGACUAUGAAGAAAGACUGCACAGUUUUUUUGUUUUUUAAUUGCCCCUUAGCUUUGAUUGCCAGUGAGGGCUUUUUUUCCGGUUGUAAGUUAGCAUCUUUUGCUAUAUUGCAACCUCCAGAAGUGUAAAAUAGAAUUUGGUUUAUUUAGUAACUUUCAAAAUCUGCCAUUUUAUUUAUGCAACUGUCAUAAAGCUUGGCCUUUUCCUUAAAGCUGGCCAAUCUUAAUAUGUAGUUAAUGUUGGCAUUUUAUGUAAUUUUUUUUUUCUUUCGCUUUCCAGUGGCAGCACACUAGGAUUAAGUGCCACAUUUAGAUAGUUUUAUGUAGGGUAAAGCCAUAUAUUAACAGACAGGACUUUAAAAUUGUUUGUGGCAAAAGUGAGCUUUGCGAUCAGAUGUUUUUUUUUCUUUGCACUACAGAUGCAGCAUAGCCUUCUGUAAAACUGUGCCCACCGUAGACUGUCCAAACGGCUCAAUUCAAGGUGGUGUUUAUAAAAAAAGGCUUUUUAUACCGGCUUCUAUUAUUGGGUUUCUUUUCUUGCAUUGUAGAUUUAACACCAAAUCAUGUUAAAUUUCCAACCUUUUUCUUUCAAAACAUUUGUACAA